AGGCGAGUUUCCUGUGUGCUGAGCUCUCAAUCAGAAGUCAUUCCAUUCUAUUCUACUUCCUCCAAUAAGUAGCUAGGACGGGCGUUUCACGGUUAGCACAUCUGUUUGAGAGACAGAAAGAUGGCAGUGAACCUAAGUAAAAAUGGCAUUGCCCUGACAAAUGCCUACAAAGAGGUGGUAGAUGAGAAAUCCAACACGAACUGGUAAGGACGGUAGCUAGCUUUAAUUGCUUCGCCAUAACAUGUUGCAUCUGCUAUGUUUAAGGAGCUAGCUAGCUCCCUAGCUAACAUUUAAUUUAUUCUGUACCUAGCUAGCUAUCAUAUCAGUUAGCUAGCUCACUGGCUCGCUAGUUGUGCAAUGAAAAUGUUACAACGAAGUAGUAUGAUGAUUAUUGCGAUGUUGUUACUUCGUGGCCGAGACAUCUGAUUACCCUGUUGUCUGGCAAUUUCCUUAGCUUGUUAACUAGCUAGUUAGCUAACGUUAGCUAACUAGUUAAGGAUUAUGUUAUAUAACAUUACUGUUAGUUAGCCUAUUUAUUUAGUUACCUGUUAGCGUUUAUUUUAUUGGAUUCAUUCACAUUGCAAUGCCUAAACAGUACAGUAGCUAGUUAACGUUAGUCAGAAUUUUUACUUGAGAAAAGUAACGUUAGUUGUUGGAGCAUCAAGUUAAUUCCUGUGUCACUGACGUUCAAAUGAAACCUGUUGGUGUCAGUUUUUAAAGAUGACCUCAAUUAAUUAACCGGCUUUAGUUGUCAAGACUAGGUUUAUCAAACCCAGAGGGUUUUAGUCUUAGCACAAAUCCUGUUGCUGUAUUGAAAGUCCUUUAGUUCAACGGUGGCAUGGGGACCAGACUUGGCUAACUAAAAGAGGAAGCUCUCAGAAGGGUUUUUAGCUAUUUCUCACCAUAUAAUUACACCGAACAAAAAUAUAUACGCAACAUGGAACAAUUUCAAAGAUUUUACUGAGUUACAGUUAAUAAGGAAAUCGGUAAAUUGAAAUAAAUAAAUUGGGCCCUAAGCUAUGGAUUUCACAUGACAGGGAAUACAGGUAUGCGUAUGUUGGUCACAGAUACCUUUUUAAAAAAUGGUAGGGGCAUGGAUCAGAAAACCAGGUGUGACCACCAUUUGCCUCAUGCAGCGUGACACAUCUCCUUUGCAUAGAGUUGAUCAGGCUGUUGAUUGUGGCCAGUGGAAUGUUGUCCCACUCCUCUUCAAUGGCUGUGCAAAGUUGCUGGAUAUUGGCGGGAACUUGAACACGCUGUUGUACAAGUCGAUCCAGAGCAUGCCAAACAUGCUCAAUGGUUGACAUGUCUAGUGAGUAUGCAGACUAUGAAAGAACUGGGACAUUUUCAAGUUCCAGGAAUUGUGUCCAGAACCUUGUGACAUGGGGCUGUGCAUUAUCAUGCUGAAACAUGAGAUGAUGGCGGCGGAUGAAUGGCACGACAAUGGGCUUCAGGAUCUCAUCACGGUACAUCUAUGCAUUCAAGUUUCCAUUGAUUAAAAUGCAAUUGUGUUCGUUGUCUGUAGCUUAUGCCUGCCCAUACCAUAACCCCACCGCCACCAUGGGGCACUCUGUUCACAACGUUGAAGUCAGCAAACCGCUUGCCCACAUGACGCCAUACACGCUGUACAGUUGAAACCGGGAUUCAUCCGUGAAGAGCACACUUCUCCAACGUGCCAGUGGCCAUCGAAGGUGAGCAUUUGCCCACAGAAGUCGGUUAUGACACCGAACUGCAGUCAGGUCUAGACCCUGGUGAGGAUGACGAGCACGCAGAUGAGCUUCCCUGAGACAGUUUCUGACAGUUUGUGCAGAAAUUCUUCUGUUUGGAAACCCACAGUUUCAUCAGCUGUGCGGUUGGCUGGUCUCAGACGAUCCCGCAGGUGAAGAAGCAGGUUGUGGAGGUCCUGGGCUGGUGUGGUAACACGUGGUCUGCGGUUGUGAGGCCGGUUGGACGUACUACCAAAUUCUCUAAAACGACGUUGGAGGUGAUUUUAUGGUAGAGAAAUUAUCAUUCAGAUCUCUGGCAACAGCUCUGGUGGACAUUCCUGUAGUCAGUAUGCCAAUUGCACACUCUUUCAACUUGAGGCAUCUGUGGCAUUGUGUUGUGUGACACAACUGCACAUUUUAAAGUGGCCUUUUAUUGUCCCCAGCACAAGGUGCAAUUGUGUAAUGAUCAUGCUAUUUAAUCACCUUCUUGAUAUGCAACACCUGUCAGGUGGAUGGAUUAUCUUGGCAAAGGAGAAAUGCUCACCAACAGGGAUGUAAACAUAUGUGUGCACAAUUUUAGAGCAAUAAGCUUUUUGUGCAUAUGGAACAAUUAUGUGAUCUUUUAUUUCAGCUCAUGAAACAUGGGACCAACACUUUACAUGUUGCGUUUAUAUUUUUGCUCAGUAUACAUACUAAUGCACUAUUAAAGGAGCUCUACGCUUUGCACACUUAAAGUUGCACUAUGCUGAAAUCGCUCCACCAUUUCCUGUUUGUUCAAAUUCUAAUAGUUAGCCUAAUUUCAGUAUAUGUGACAAAACAAGCAAGUAUAUUGUAGAGAAUCAUUGUACCAUCUAAACCGCUGUUAAAUAUAUUUUCCAUCACCCAAAAUAUAGUAUUUUCAGCUGUUUGAAGCUGGUGUACAAAACCGAAAGGAAAAGAUACAAAAAUGAAACUUAAGAACGGGAAGCAUAGAAAAAUAGCUCACAUGGGGGGGGCCUCCCGAGUGGCGCAGCGGUCUAAGGCAGUGCUUGAGGCGUCACUCGAUCCCGGGCUGUGUCACAGCCGGCCGCGACCAGGAGACCCAUGAGGCGGCGCUCAAUUGGCCCAGCGUCAUCCGGGUUAGGGGAGGGUUUGGCCGGCCGGGAUGUCCUUGGCCCAUUGCACUCUAGUGACUGCUGUGGCGGGCCGGUGCAUGCAAGCUGACUUCGGUCGCCAGAUGUACAGUGUUUCCUCCAACACAUUGGUGUGGCUGGCUUCCGGGUUAAGCGAGCAGUGUGUCAAGAAGCAAUGCGGCUUGGCAGGGUCGUGUUUCGGAGGAUGCAUGGCUCUAGACCUUCACCUCUCCCGAGUCCGUACGCGAGUUGCAGCGAUGGGACAAGACUGUAACUACCAAUUGGAUAUCACGAAAUCGGGGAGAAAAAGGGGUACAAAGUACACAAAAAUAAAUAAAUGAAAAAGCUCAUAGAACAGAUCUACCGCUUCUUUGACUUGCUUUCAAUGAGGAUGAUAGAUCUCACAUUUCUCUGUGAAUUUGGUGGGUCACCCAAAAAGUUACAUAUUGCAGCUUUAAAUGGUCUGAUCCAAAGUUAUGCAGUUCAACCAAGUGUCAUGUUGUUUUGAGUAAGGCACAUCACCUAGCCAGGUUGCUUCAGGAUGCUAUUCUGCAAUAGCUUACUAAGCAGUGGCUAAGUGUGGUUGUGAAUGUGGACACUGAUGUUGACAGUAUGUUGUUUAAACUGCUUAUUAGGCUACCUAUCUACAAUUUUGCAAUGGUAGUGUGAUCCUGUAACCUGGCAUUCUUCUCUGCAGGGCCUUGUUCACCUAUGAGGGGAACACUAAUGAUAUACGAUUGGCAGAAAAGGGAGGUGAGUGUGGUAGACAGAAUCCAAAGAUUGGCUCCAACAUGUAAAUGUAUUCUGUUUGGAAUCGAGUUUGCAAUGUUGUCUGAGAUCAUCACCCUCACUUAUGGUGUGCCACUGAAUUGCUCUCAAAGCACAGUAAGACAAUUUUAAAAGAUGCAAGCAAAGGUAAAUGUAAAUCUUUUGCAGUAGUGGCAUAUUUUAUUGUUUGGAUAAGUCUCCCAGACAAGAGUUUCUUUCAGAAGAUAACUAUUUGCAUAUGUGAAAAGAAAGGUAACAAAGCAUGUGUAAUCACAUUUUAGUCAUUUAGCAGACGCUCUUAUCCAGAGCGACUUACAGUUUAGAGUUAGUGCAUUCAUCUUAAGGUAGCAAGGUGAGACGACCACAUGUCAGUCAUAGUCAGUUGGCUACUUGUGUACCCAAACGCUUCAGCCCAGAUUGAAAAAGAAGAGGAUCAGGUGCUCGACUGAGGGACAUGAAAAUCCCAAAAAGAAUCCUUACCCCAGGACACUUCAACGGGUGACUAUCCAGGAAUAUAAAGAAAAAGGAUCCCUCUGUUUCUGCAUAGAUCUGAUAAUUAAUUGACGUGGUAUACAAAAAGGCUUACGCUGGCAUAUUCACCUUUUAAGGGGGGGGGAUUAAUCAAGAUACUUACAACCCAUACUGUCAAAAAUAGAACAUGUUGAAAAGGGGAGUCAUUUGUCAUGUGAUGUUUACAUAAUGUAGGCUUUACACAGUAAUGUAGACUUUGCAUAGAACAUAUAUUCUACAAUGUUCCGAUACUGGUGUUUUCAGAUGGUGGACUGGAGGAACUGGUGGAGGAACUUAACAGCGGUAAAAUUAUGUACGCUUUCUGUCGUGUCGAAGACCCAAACUCUGGCCUGUGCAAAUACGUCCUCAUCAACUGGGUGAGUGCUGCACUACACUCCCCUUUCUUCUAAAGGUGGCACUCCUCUGUAUUUUGUAAAUCAGGUCAAGUUGAAUGAAUCUUAUGAGUAUUUGUGUUUCAGACUGGAGAAGGUGUGAAAGACGCCAGGAAAGGACUGUGUGCCAAUCAUGUCAGCUCCAUAGCUAAUUUUCUCAAGGUAAUUUAAUUUGGCAAGGUCUAGACCCGUCAAACUCAACUCUGGACCUCGAAGCCAGUUCCACUGCAUUUGUUCCCUUCAAAUUAGGGACUGAUUUAGACCUGGGACACCAGGUGUGUGCAAUUAAUUAUCAGGUAGAACAGAAAACCAGUAGGCUCCAGACCUCGUAGGCGUUGAGUACCCCUGGUCUAGACAUUGUCUCCACACAGGCCGCUUAUGUUUAGUUAAUGACGAAAAAUCAAUAACUAUGCAAUUACACCACAUGACCAAAAGUAUGUGGACACCUGCUCAUCGAACAUCUCAUUUCAAAAUCAUGGGCAUUAAUAUGGAGUUGGUCCCCCCUUUACUGCUAUAACAGCCUCCACUCUUCUGGGAAGGCUUUCCACUAGAUGUUGGAACAUUGCUGCGGGGACUUGCUUCCAUUCAACCACAAGCGUUAGUGAGGUCGGGCACUGAUGUUGGGCGAUUGGGCCUGGCUCUCAGUCAGCGUUCCAAUUCAUCCCAAAGGUGUUUGAUGGGGCUCUGUGCUGGCCAGUCAAGUUCUUCCACACCGACCUCGACAAACCAUUUCUGUAUGGACCUCGCUUUGUGCACGGGGGCAUUGUCAUGUUGAAACAGGUAAGGGCCUUCCCCAAACUGUUGCCACAAAGUUGGAAGCACAGAAUCGUCUAGAAUGUCAUUGUAUAAUGUAGCGUUAAGAUUUCCCUUCACUGGAGCUAAGGGGCCUAGCCCAAACCAUGAAAAACAGCCCCAGACAUCUGGCAUCUGCCAAACCCAGAUUCGUCCGUCGGAUGGUGAAGUGUGCUCCAGAGUCCAAUGGCGGUGAGCUUUACACCACUCCAACCGACGCUUUGCAUUGCGCGUGGUGAUCUUAGGUUUGUGUUCGGCCAUGGAAACCCAUUUCAUGAAGCUCCCAAUGAACAGUUCUUGUGCUGACGUUGCUUCCAGAGGCAGUUUGGAAUUCGGUAGUGAGUGUUACAGACGAUUUUUACGCGCUUCAGCACUCAGUGGUGCCGUUUUGUGAGCUUGUGUGGCCUACCACUUUGUGGCUGAGCCUUUGUUGCUCCUAGACGUUUCCACUUCACAAUAACAGCACUUACAGUUGACCCGGGGCAGCUCUAGCGAGGCAGAAAUUUGACGAACUGACUUGUUGGAAAGGUGGCAUUCUAUGACCGUGCCACGUUGAAAGUCACUGAGCUCUUCAGUAAGGCCAUUCUACUGCCAAUGUCUGUCUAUGGAGAUUGCAUGGCUUUGUGCUCAAUUUUAUACACCUGUCAGCAACGUGUGUGGCUGAAAUAGCCCAAUCCACUAAUUUGAAGGGGCGUCCACAUACUUUUGUGUGUAUAGUGUAUUUAUGUGUACACUUGCAAAACUAGCCUCAACAGGACAUGAAAUGAAGAACAAUUGCAGGAAAGAUAGAGUAGACACCCCUGUUAGUGCCAGUAAUAGCAUUUGAGUGUUUAAGAGUUGAGCAGAAGUUGGAUGCUACUUAGGGUGAAUUAUGGGUUGAAGUUUUCUCUUAUCAGUUGUUAUCAUGAAAGUCACCAUGCUAACUGCAUGUCAACAAAUCCUAUGGGUGGUGGCUGAGUCAGAUAUCAAAUAUCCCUGCUACGGACAACCCUUUCACGGCCUUAUCUGGAAUGUGUGAUGCGUGUUAUUUGUAGCUAAAAUGUCUGCUGUAAUUCCAGGGAGCUCAUGUCACAAUAAACGCCCGUGCAGAGGAGGAUGUGGAACCUGAGGCUAUUAUGCAAAAGGUGGCGAAGGCCUCAGGGGCCAACUACAGCUUCCACAAAGAGUCCAACAAGUUCCGAGACGCUGGUCCCCAGGGACCUGUGGUAUGUACAGCAUCUUAUCCUUUUGGAAAUUAAAAUCAUAAAAUUGUAGUUAUGCAUUAUGAGUUUGUUUCAUCAAAUGAUGUACAGGCAGGUUGCACUGUUAGGCAAGUUGCUUUGUGGUCAGAUAUACUCUCAUAGCAAAUUAGUUUUGGUUAUUAACUUGUCUGCCUGUGGACAUUUUUGGUUAGAAUGAUUGAACAAGGCUGCGGAUGAGAGAUUCUCAGUGUGGGUUUGUUUCCAACGUGUUGGAUGUUGUGACGUGCAGAGCUGGUUGUUUACAAUGACUCAUCUGCAGUAGAAUCCAGGGGCUUAGUUGAGCUCAUGAUUGUUGGCCAGGGCUGGAGCCAGAGAAGCCAGGCCAGGACAGCCUGUUAACUCUGCAUAAUAAACCAACAUGCUGUGUCAGUACUGGAUCUGGGUAGGGGUUGGUGUCUAGGAGUGACAACUUGUUUUUUGUUGUGUUUAGCUAACGCUUGUAUUUUGUUAUGACAGGGCUCUGUGUAUCAGAAGACCAACGCCAUGUCUGAAAUAAAACGGACCAAUAAAGACAACUUCUGGGCGCAGGCAGAGGUAAGUCAGCUCCAACACCUUACUCCCACUACAGGGACUCCACGGUGUCGCCCUCCCAGAGUGCAAAGAACCUUGGCGUGGCCCUGACGACACCCUGUCGUUCUCUGCAACAUCAAAGCAGUGACUCGCUCCUGCAGGUUUAUGCUCUACAACAUCCGUAGAGUAUGACCCUACCUAACAUAGGAAUGGCGCAGGUCCUAAUCCAGGCACUUGUCAUCUCCCAUCUAUAAUAUUGAAACUAACUCGCUGUUGGCUGAGCUCCCCGCUUGUGCCAUCAAACCACUGCAACUUAUCCAGAAUGCCGCAGCCCACCUGGUGUUCAACCUUCCUAAGUUCUCCCAUGUCACCACGCUCCUCAGCACACUCCACUGGCUUCCAGUCGAAGCUCGCAUCAUCUUCCAGACCCUGGUGCUUGCCUACAGAGCAGCAACGUAAAGCCCCUCCUUGUGGUCCUCUGUAGCUCAAUUGGUAGAGCAUGGUGCUUGUAACGCCAGGGUAGUGGGUUCGAUCCCCGGGACCACCCAUACGUAAAAAUGUAUGCACACAUGACUGUAAGUCGCUUUGGAUAAAAGCGUCUGCUAAAUGGCAUAUUAUUAUAUAUAUUAUUAUAUUAUUACCUUCAGGCUAUGCUCAAACACUACAUCCCAACCCGAGCACUCUGUUCCGCCACCACUGGUCUCUUGGCCCUCCCACCCCUACGGGAGGGCAGCUCCCACUCAGCCCAGUCAAAGCUCGUCUCUGUCCUAGCACCCAAAUGGGGGAACAAGCUUCCCCCUAAAGUCAGGACAGCGGAGUCCCUGCCCAUCUUCCGAAAACGUCUGAAAACCUACCUCUUUGAAGAGUAUCUUAAAUAACCCCAAAAAAAGGCACUUGCUUUUCCUACUAGCACUGACUUUGCUCAUAAAUACUUUGAGGGAAAAUGUACUUGAUACGAUUGUUGUUGUCUCACCUAGUUAUCUUAAGAUGAAUGCGCUAAUUGUAAGUCGCUCUGGAUAAGAGCGUCUGCUAAAUGACAAAAAUGUAAAACGUAAAUACUGGUUAGAUUUGCUUGAGUGUUGCUCAGCAUGUUCUGGUUAAAUAGUCCUUUAUAACAGUGAAUACCCUGACUUCGUAUCAUGCUCUGUGUGUCUGUCUCAGAAAGAUGAGGAGAAGCGGCAGCGGGAGGAGCGCUGCAAGGCAGACGAAGAGCGCCAGAAGCUGGAGAAAGAUCGGAAGGAUCGAGAGGCCAAGGAGGCAACUCUCAGAGAGAAGAGAGACAAGGAGAGGGCCUCUAUGAUUGACCAGCAGAAGUGAGUAAAAACGGUGGUUAGGAAACUAAGCUGGAGGUGGUUAUCAUAUUUAGCUGACCUUAUUAAGACAGUCAGGUUUCCAUUUAGUCUGCUUUUCCCAUUUGUUUAACAGGACGUACCAGCAGCAGCAGGAAGCUGAGAGCAGAGACAAUGAGAAACAACAAUGGGUGAGUUGUCUGCUGACUCACAGCAGGACAGGCCGGCUGUCUGAGUAGAAUUCAAAUCAGAUCCACAGUAGGGGGCAGUAGAUCUGUUUAUACAAGAUGCACCCCACCAGACCUGGGUUCAAAUACAUGUGUAUUUGUUAUUUAAAUAGGCCUGCCUAUUUUCUGUGUAUUUGAAUAUUUUCAAAUAAUGUAGCCCGAUUUCAAUUACUUCUAUUGGAAGUAUUUUCAAGUAAUUUCCUUUAAAUAGCCUACUAUUUGAAAGUAUUUUCAGAUACUUAUUUCAGAUACUAUUUAAAUACCUGGGUUAUAUGCAUGGGAGUGUAUUUGAGUCAGUGUAUUUGAAUAUUUUAAAAGUGUAUUUCCAAAUACAUUCCAAUAUUUAACUAUUUGUAUUUUCUUUGAAAUGUAUAUGAAAGUAAUUGAGAUAUUUGAAAUAGUAUUUUAACCCAGGUCUGCACCCCACCUAAAUUAUGUUUUAAAUGUGAAGGCACACAUUUAGGACAUAAGUAUAACACUAGAACAAACUAUACAGAACCGGUAGGUGUAGCCUCAGAGGUAGUGUUGAAUGAUGUGUGGUGCAUCAUCGUCAUCAUCAGGAGGAGCAGGAGAAGGACUUCCAGGCAGCUCAGAAGAAAGGGUUGAAGCGUGGUGAAUCAGUGGAGAAAGCCAAUGUGAGUUAAAUGUGGCCCCCUGUAGGAUUAAUAAUUGUUUAAAGGUUCCCUGUGACUCAGAACCCUCUGCUUCCCUUUCCAUCGACUCAACCAAAUCUGUUCGUUGCUUGAAUCUAAACUCUCCAUAGCUUCACUUACUGUCGUUUUCUUGUUUAUACAUUCUUUCUACUCUACUACCCUCUACUGUGGUCAUGACUUCUCAUCUUUGAACAUCAUUCAGAACACCUUUAUGCAGACAGUAGAUGGUAUUGUAGAUUAUGUGUUGUAGAUUAUGUUCUUUAUUAAAGGGAACAUCUGGAACGUUGCUAUGGCUAUACAGUACCCAGUGUGUAUGUCUGACCACAUGGUGUGUUUCAGGAGGCGGCCUCCCUGAUCUCCCAGCGAUCUAUGAACCCCAGAGAGAUGUUCAAGCAGAGAGAGAAGGGCAUGGCCUCCAGCACUGCAGACACCAACACCCCUGCCAGCCCCCAGCCAGGUAAUCCACCAAUUCAAUACAACUGUUUGCUGUUUUAUAUACCCAGUGUAGUUCUUAAUGAGGACUUUAGGUGAUUAUGUCAAAUGUUUUUUCCAUGAGUGUUUCAUAGCUGGGCUUUCUAGCUCUCUGUCAGGUGUGGGUGUGAUCUUGCAGCGAGAUCAGGGGAUUGUCUGGGCCAUGUUGAAACAUGCAGAAGGAGAAUCUUGUCACAUUACUCUGCCUUCAUCAACUUUAUCUCAUUGUCUCAUAUCACAUCUUGUCUCUAGACCACAUCUGCUUUGUGUUGUCUCUGCUCUGCUGGGUAACCUUUCCGGCCAACCUGUCUGUCUGCUCUGGUGUGUGUUUCUCAGGGCGUUUGAACAGCCCAUUUCUUUCUAAGCAACUAUGCGAGCCCGAGCCGUCCCACUUGCCCCUGCGCCAAGCCUCCCCUCUGCCAGCAGGCUCCGCCUCUCCUGUCCCUGCUGCAGGUCUGAGCUCACUCAUACCGCUGACACAAACUGACCCCUUCCCAACACACACACACAGAAAUAGUUCACACGUAGGUGACUGAGAGACAUACACUUGCUAUGUUUGUGUUUUUGUCAAAUCUCUACCUGAUACUACUCCCUUUAAAUCAAUCAAUCUAAAUGAUUUACCUGAUGCUACGCCCUUUAAAUCAAUCAACCAAUCAAUCAAACCAGAUGAUUUACCUGAUGCUACUCCCUUUCCUUUCUUGUUAUUGCAAUUUAACACCACCCUCAUGGCUCAUGGGCCAUGCCCAUCAUUAGAUCACUGUACAUCAUCAAUCUCAUCCAGUGGCUUGUUGUUUUCCAUGAGACUUGACAGAUGGUUUGGUAAUUAUUCAGUGUCUGAAUAUUUGAGUGCAUGCUUUAGUAUGUUUGUACAUUUGUACACUCUGUGUAUCUGUGCUCGUAUAUCAUUUGUAUGUGUGUACGUUGUGUCAUAAUAAGAACCCAGUGUGGAUGAGCCUGUUGUGGAUGAACCCACUCCCAGUGUGGAUGAGCCAUCCCAGUCUGAGUGCUUGGAUGAGCAGGAUGCAACCCCUGUUCAGGAUGCAGUCCCUGAGGAUCAGUGGCAAGAUGAAGGUGGGCCCUACUCCACACACACCUCAGUCUGAACACACAACAGUCAUAUUCAUCUCUCAUCUGUGUAUCAUCAUGACCCUUUCUCUGGACACAUUUCUUAAUUACUUUGUGCUCUGGAUCGCUGGUGCUGCUGCCACCUGUUGGUAGAGAGAGGUAGUGUUUUUCAGAUAAAGACAUGUACUUUUUCAGUUUCAGUAAAGGCAAUGGCAGCUCCCACUCAGCACAACCAUGCCCCAGAGCCAGCCGAAAACAACCUCUAUGAGGAGCCCCCACAGGUGAAUAUUUGUCAGCACAUGAGCAGUGAGAUUCAUUAUUUGUUACAGCAAUAGUAUAGUCCCCUGUAGCUCAGUUGGUAGAGCAUGGCGCUUGCAACGCCAGGGUUGUGGGUUCGCCACGGGGGGCCAGUAUGAAAAUGUAUGCACUCACUAACUGUAAGUCGCUCUGGAUAAGAGCGUCUGCUAAAUGACUAAAAUGUAAAUGUAUAGUUUAUUUUUUAUCAGAAAAUCCCUUAUCACAAUCAUUAUUGAAAUACCAUUCAAGUCGAGAGGUAAAUAUUUGCGCUUGAACUUAAACUUGAAGAGCAUUCUCAGAGGUAUAGCACCCCUUGUUGUUCCCUCAGAUGGAAGAGAACACGAAUGAGGUGGCUGCAGAGAAGACCAACCGAGGUGUCUGUGCCAGGGCUCUAUAUGACUACCAAGCUGGUAAGCAUUGUCACAGCCUACUGACAAUUUACAGUAGACACUCGGCCCACUGAACUGGUUCUCUGUGUGAGCAAUGUGUAACCGUGACGUUUUGCCCAUAUGGAGAAUCAAUGUGGGUGGAACUGCUAGAUGGAAACUGGCAGUCAGUGAGCAGUGGUUCCCCUAGGAUAUUUUUCAGCAACUGUGGCAAAGUUGGGGGGGGGGGGUACUGGGUAUGGCCAGUGGCAUGGUUUUAGAGGUAAUUCUACACAUUUUCCCAUGGGGAUGAGAGAAACUGCAGUUUCAAAGCUAAUUUCCUGCAAUUCUACACAUUUUGCAAUGGCUUAUGCCUUGUUUUUAAUGCUAUCUGAGUGACUCAAACAUUAUAACAAAAUCAAUAGGAGCCCCAUGCCAUGAUGACAUUUUGGGAAUUUCAGAUUCUCCCUGUCUUGUUUUUAUUUUGGUGAUUGUUAGUUCUCAAAUAUUAUCUUAUUAAAACAUAUAUAGCUCCAUUAUCUUUUCUACAUACUUUAUAGCUGGUUUUAGUCGUUUAAGUUUACACUGAAAACGUUUUACCAUCCAGAUUAUUAUUAUUAUUAUUAUUAUCCACGAUAUCAGGGAUACAUUGCCGAGGGAAUAGACACCUUACAAUAAUACAGCAACAGAUAUCCGAAUGGACAUGGUGAUCUGAGGUAUUGCUCUUCUUUUCAUUUCACAGCUGAUGAGACAGAGAUCUCCUUCGAUCCCGAUGACAUUCUCAAUGGCAUCGAGAUGAUUGACGAGGGCUGGUGGCGGGGCUACAGCCCAGACGGUCAUUUUGGAAUGUUCCCAGCCAAUUACGUGGAGCUUGUCUAAGUCCAUACCUUGCCCGCUCACUAGAUCAGCAUAUUGAAGGCAGAAGAGAAAAUAUCCCCCCAGAAGAAUUUGGCAGUAGGGAAACUGCUAGCUCCAGAACACAGCAGGUCAGAAGUAACUCAACAGUGAACUUUUCAUAGUCAAUUGCUGAACUGAAUCCUUCACAAUAUGGACCAAUGUAUGAACAGUGACCAGGGGUUGCUCAAAUCUAUCCCUGUUGAAGAGAGAAAUUCCAUUAUUUAGUUUAUGUUGUGAGAACUUAAAUGGCAUUAUUUAGGUUUUGAUGAAAACCCAUAUACUGGCCAAUCCCAAACUGAAUCUCUUACCUUCUGUGAUGCAGUAAAUUGUCAGACUUUUUUGAUGUUUCAAUUCAAGAUUCCAUUGUGAACAUUAACAGCACUUGUACAUCACAUAUCUUAAAAAGUGAAGCCAGUUUUGUUCCAGGUGUACUUUUUUUGUUAUUUGUAGCAUUCACUCCUGUCAUGUUCAGGAUAAUAACAUUUCAUAGCUCACAUAACGGUACCAAAUAUGAUUUUUUUGCCUUUUCCUCAGACUGAUAUUUUAUGUGAAUAUUUCUAUCAGAAAUGAGUUUGCUUGAAAAUAAUCCUGUGUGAAUUUCAAACCAUAGUUUGCUAUUGCAGUUGAAUAUUAGAAAACCAAAAGGUUAUAGAUUUGCUGUGCUCUCCUGGGUGGCUGAAUUCAAGAAAGAAUGGGGGUGAAAAUGACACAAUCAUCAUCUCCUUGUGAAAUCCUUGUGCAAAAGUAUUAUUUAAAAAAAUAUAUGUAAUGGUUAUGCUAAAGAGCUUGUCCCCAUACCCUCCCUCCCUGCCCUUUUCAGCCCCUAGAGCAGGGUUCUUCAAUUCCGGUCCUGGAGGGCCGAAACACUUCUGUUUUUUAUUUCUACCUGGUAGUUAAUUGCACUCACCUGGUGUCCCAGGUCUGAAAUAACCCCUGAUUUAGAAGGAGAGGAUGAAAAACAGAGGUGUUUCGGCCCUCCAGGACCGGAAUUGAAGAACCCUGCCCUAGAGAAUUUUUAUGACUGUUUCAGGGACCAGUUACACGAAACAAGGCAUGAGUCAUCUUUCCUCUCGUGUUGUUGCCUCGUCUUGUUGUCGUAAUCUGUGUCUUGGGGUACAAUUUGUCUCUGCUUAACCUGUCUUUCACAGUCCAGCUUCCAUCAAAAUACAGGUCUGUGAUUGUCUUAAUUUAGCAGGCUUAAGAGAGCCGUGAUCAGACGCUGUUAUCAUGUGAGAGUGCCAAACGAGGGUAACGGAGUGGGGGGAUGAUGCUGUCCUCUGGAAAGUGCUUUCUCUCAUUCUAAUCUGUGUGGAAACUUCAAUACCAUUAUGCAGCGUCACCGCUUUUUAACUGAAAUCAUUGUGAAAUAAAACGUUUGUGGGACAUUGUCACUUUAAAAACGAUCACUGUAAUUUCAAGGUGCAUGAUGUAUCCAUUGUCCAUGUUUUUGUUUUUCAAGAGUAUAUUGUAAUGCUAAUACGUUCGUCAUAAUAAAAGAGUUCAAGUAAAAUGUG